GGGAGAGUUAUAUUUUAAAUGUUGGGAGUGAGCACAUUUUUCUCGUCGUCGCAAGAGUCGUGUUUACUUCGUGCAGCACAGAUAGGCAGAGAAGAACAAAAAUUUAAAGAUUAUCUGAGCUGACAAUAUCAGCAGGUGCUGGGAGAGGCUGAGGUAGCGAUGACCAGAACAAAGUACAGAGUUCAGAUUUUCAGUGUGCAGUCUUUCUCUGCACUGCUGCAGUCAGCUGCCUUCAGGCUGUGAGAGUGGCAGUGUGUCACAGCCUGGAAUCAGAGUCAAGCAUGGCCUACAGUCAACAUGGGCAUGACCAACUCUUUGCCCUCUUUAUUGCCCUGAUGUAUCCUGUGCUGCUGGUGAAAUGCCACCCCCAGUGCCUGGAUUUUAAACCCCCGUUCCGGCCACAGAACGGCCUGUCAUUCUGUACCAUGUACAGUCAGUUCGGUUGCUGUGACUCCACCAAAGACCAGGAAAUCAUGAACCGCUUCUACAGCAUCGUGGAUAGUUUUGACUACUCUCUGUACGCCACAUGUGCUGCCUACAUCCAGGAUAUGCUGUGUGCGCUUUACAGGAUCAUUUUGGAAGUGGACGAACCAGCAUCGAACCAUAAUGGAGGACAACUCCUUUUUGGCAAUGAUGGCUAUCUCUACAUUUUCACUGGAGAUGGUGGAAUGGCCGGGGAUCCAUUUGGGAAAUAUGGAAAUGCCCUAAACAAGUCAGCUUUACUGGGUAAAGUGCUUCGGAUAGAUAUCAACAAUAAUAAUCGUGGUCCCCUUUAUAAGAUUCCCCCAGACAAUCCCUUCAUCCAGGACCCAGAUGCCCGGCCAGAGGUAUAUGCCUACGGAGUGCGGAACAUGUGGCGAUGCUCUGUAGAUCGAGGUGACCCUCAAACGAAAGAGGGAAAUGGAAGAAUCUUCUGUGGGGAUGUUGGACAGAACAAAUUCGAGGAAAUUGAUAUCGUUGAGAAAGGGAGGAACUAUGGUUGGAAAGCAAGAGAGGGAUUUUCAUGCUAUGACAAGAAGCUCUGUGGAAAUUCCUCCCUGAAUGGUGUUCUGCCUAUAUUUGCCUAUCCACAUAGUGUUGGAAAGUCUGUCACUGGGGGUUAUGUCUACAGAGGCUGUGAAUCUCCCAACCUUAAUGGACUCUAUAUAUUCGGUGACUUUAUGAGUGGGUAA